UCUAAUUAAUGGUUUACAAGAAGAGAGCGUGGUAGAGACAGCGAAAGGGAAUUGGGUCGAUUGAACUGAUGACAGAGGGUAGCAAUCCAAUAUCUCCGGUGGACGGCAUGGACGUGACCGGCGGCAGCAAAGAGCAGCAGGCGGCGGGAGUGGGGAUUCUCCUUCAAAUAAUGAUGUUGGUUCUGUCUUUCGUGUUAGGUCACAUCCUUCGUCGCAAGAAGAUUUACGUUCUUCCCGAAGCCAGCGCUUCUCUUCUCAUUGGCUUGCUCGUUGGUACACUCGCUAACAUUUCUCACACUCAAACUAGUAUCAGGGCGUGGUUCAACUUUCACGAGGAGUUUUUCUUCCUCUUCCUUUUACCUCCCAUAAUAUUUCAGUCUGGCUUCAGUCUCUCGCCUAAACCUUUUUUCUCUAAUUUUGGAGCUAUUGUCACGUUUGCUAUAUUCGGCACCUUUCUGGCUUCCAUUGUGACGGGUGUCUUAGUUUAUAUUGGCGGAUUGAUGUACCUCAUGUACAGAUUACCUUUUGUUGAGUGUCUAAUGUUUGGUGCACUGAUAUCCGCAACCGAUCCUGUUACUGUUUUGUCCAUAUUUCAGGAGCUUGGCACAGACGUCAAUCUUUAUGCCUUGGUUUUUGGAGAAUCUGUUUUGAAUGAUGCAAUGGCUAUUUCUUUGUACAGGACAAUGACAGUGAUAAAAAGUCAUCCAUCUGGACAAAAUUUCUUCAUGGUGGUUGUUAGAUUUUUAGAGACUUUUGUCGGGUCAAUGUCUGCUGGUGUUGGAGUUGGUUUUGUAUCUGCUCUACUAUUUAAAUAUUCAGGGUUGGAUAUUGACAAUCUUCAGAACUUGGAGAGCUGUCUUUUUGUUCUUUUCCCGUAUUUCUCGUACAUGCUUGCUGAAGGUCUUGGACUGUCUGGUAUUGUAUCAAUAUUGUUCACAGGAAUGGUCAUGAAGCAUUACACAUAUUCAAAUUUGUCACGUAGUUCUCAAAGAUUCGUCUCUGCUUUUUUUGAGUUGAUAUCAUCGUUAGCUGAGACAUUUGUAUUUAUCUACAUGGGCUUUGAUAUUGCUAUGGAGAAACAUAGUUGGUCGCAUGUCGGAUUUAUAUUCUUUUCCAUUAUAUUCAUUGGAAUUGCAAGGGCAGCCAAUGUGUUCUCAUGUGCUUAUUUGGUCAACUUGUUCAGACCUACCCGCCGACAAAUUCCGCGAAAACAUCAGAAAGCACUUUGGUAUAGUGGACUUCGAGGGGCAAUGGCUUUUGCCCUUGCUCUGCAAUCAAUUCAUGAUCUGCCAGAUGGACAUGGACAGAUCAUCUUAACUGCAACUACUGCAAUAGUUGUUUUGACGGUAGGCUUUCUCAUGCUUGUCAUCAAAUAUUUUAAUCUAAUCAUUAGUCAUUACAUUAAAAAUAAAUGCAUGUGGAAGCAGAGUAAGGUCCUUUGCUAUUUCACUCUUUUGAAUCUUAUUUUCACGCUUUAUUCUGUUUCUGACAUUCCAUAUCUAUAUUCCUAUCUAAAAGGCUAUUUGAAAAAAGAAAACUUUAUGUAAAGCAUGAUAUGUCAUUUUUAUCCUUUUUUAAAUUGUCAUUGCGUGCGUCUUUUCUUUCUUACCUCCAUAUG